AAAACACUUUGUUGUAGUCGUUGUAGUGCUGUCAUAUCGACCAUUAUAUAUUUGUGUGUUUGUCUUCUGUUCGUCCGACUAAACAAAGUCUUUAUCCAGCUUAUUUUUGUUACAUUAUUUCCAAAUUAUUUCACCGUAGACAUCAAAUUCAUUCAGUAUGAAUGACAAACCCGACGCAAAGAAACGCGAUCUACAAUCCCUUCCGACCAAACAAUAUCUCGAUCAAACAGUGGCACCGAUUCUACUGCAAGGUUUACAGACUUUAGCCAAAGAGCGACCAUCAGAUCCAGUUGCAUAUUUAGCCGCGUAUUUGCUGAAAAAUAAAAGCAAUGAUGAACCGGCCUCAGACCACCAUUAGGACGAUAUCGCAUGCUUGUGAUUAUUAAUUUUCUUUCCAAAUAAAAGGCAUUACAAUCUCUGGUCUA